AACUCACGUUAAAAUUAUGGACAUCCUACAACAUAACCUACAAAUAGACGUUUGCUUCGAUUUUAACUUAACCUUUAAAAAUGGUCGAUGAUUUGAGUUCGUUGUGAUCAAUUAAUUAAACUAAACCUUAUUCAAUUCUCCAUAAAAUAAAUAUAUCUUGUACAUACGAAUAUAUCAUAGAGAUAUUGGUGUGUGUUUAAAGCUACAAAAGUUAUGGCAAAUCCAGCUUUACGAAGUUUUAUCAAAGAUAUAUCUUCACGCUUGAAAAUUCAUGUCGAACAAAUUCGACAUGGACAUCGUCUUCGAGGAAAACCACCCAAUAUUGCUCUCACUUUACAGCAAAGACUCGAACUGAUGAAAGAACCCAAUCCAAUGAAAGUAAAUAUAGGUUUUUUAGUCCCGAGGCUCUCGUCAGAAAAAAAAGAAGCUUGGAUGGCUGAACGAAAAAUCAAACGAGCCGACGUGAAUUUUGAGAAAGAAGUAAGGAGCGGAAAGUUGCCUCUGAAUUUGGAAGAAGUAAGAAAGAUUUGGUUAGAAACGAUCAGUCCAUAUAAUAUUCGAAGAAUUGCCGAUCAUUAUAGCAUUUUUCAAGAUUUAUUUGGAAAUGCUUUCUUUUUUCCUAUUAUACCCCUUGAAAUUAAUUACAGCAUAAAUAACAACGAUACUUUAGUCAAAGUUUACACAGGAAAUGUAAUAAAACCUGCGGAGGCACGCGAAUUGCCAAAUGUCGGGUAUAAAGCCCAAGACGAUACUUUAUGGACAUUGGUAAUGUGCACACCAGAUGGUAAUUUGGAGAAUUCGAACAGCGAAUAUUGUCACUGGUUUUUAGGAAAUAUUCCAGGGAACAAAGUAGAACAGGGUGAACAAAUAAUAGACUAUUUGAGACCAAUUCCAACUAGAGGAGUAGGAUAUUACCGUUACAUAUUUAUUCUUUACAAACAAAAUCAGCGUUUAGAUUAUAUGGAAUACAGGAGAAUUCAACCUUGCUUACAAUUAAAAGAACGUAAUUGGAAUACAUUGGAGUUUUAUCGUAAAUAUCAAGAUUAUCUAACACCAGCUGGAUUAGCAUUCUUUCAAAGUGAUUGGGAUUCCACAGUGAGAGAGUUUUAUCAUUCUGUACUAAAUGCAAAAGAGCCAAUAUUUCAGUACGACUUUCCAGAACCACAUGUUAGAUCACAGACAUGGUUUCCAUUGAGACAACCAUUUAAUCUUUAUUUAGACAAGUACAGAGAUCCCAAAGAUACAAUGAAAGAAUAUUUGUUAAGGAAAUUGAAAACUGUUCAUCCAUUUAAAGAGCCAAAGCCGCCUCUCAAAUAUCCCAAUGCGUGCAUUCUCGAUUUAAAAGCACCUUCUUGGUUGAGAGUACAAACGAAGAAGGAACGUUUAGGAUGGGGUCGAGUUCAUGAUUUGAAAUAAAAUAUUUCAUGAAAAAGAGUUUAAGACAAUUAUAGUCGGUUGUAAAAUAAAUAAAGGAAGCUUGUGUACAAAUAAAUAAAAGGAAAAUAUGUA